CCCUUAGUGCCUGCCUGUGUGUCCGAGGGGAGGAAGAAAGAAAGAAAAGAGGGAGGGGAGAGAAACAGCCCGGCUCACUGUGCUGGGAGCUGCCACCUCAACAUGGUGUAAAUCCCUUCCCUGCAGCAGCCAGCCGAUAGGAGAAAGGUUGGGGGGGGGGAAGCGUGAGACAAGAACGGAAAGGAGACGGGGAGCGCCCGCACCCAGGCACGACCCCACGCUCCCCUACCCAAUGAGGAGUUGGAACAUUGCGAGAAGAGCGUGACUCGCCCUGUUGUGUCUGGGUCCGGGGGGGAUACAUACGGGGGGCUGCUGCCGCUGAGACAUACUGAGGGUGGCGACCAUGGCCAACGAUUCGCCUGCCAAAAGUCUUGUGGAUAUAGACCUGUCGUCUCUGAGGGACCCAGCUGGCAUCUUUGAAUUAGUGGAAGUGGUAGGAAAUGGCACCUAUGGACAAGUAUAUAAGGGCCGACAUGUCAAAACAGGCCAACUUGCAGCCAUCAAAGUCAUGGAUGUUACAGAGGAUGAAGAGGAAGAAAUCAAACUGGAAAUCAAUAUGUUGAAGAAAUAUUCCCACCACAGAAAUAUAGCUACUUAUUAUGGUGCUUUUAUUAAGAAAAGUCCUCCUGGGCAUGAUGACCAGCUUUGGUUGGUGAUGGAGUUUUGUGGUGCUGGCUCAAUCACUGACCUGGUGAAGAAUACAAAGGGGAAUAGUUUGAAAGAAGACUGGAUUGCCUAUAUCUCUCGUGAGAUACUUAGGGGAUUGGCCCACCUCCAUGCUCAUCAUGUGAUUCACCGGGAUAUCAAAGGACAGAAUGUGCUGCUAACAGAGAAUGCCGAAGUGAAAUUAGUGGAUUUUGGUGUUAGUGCACAGCUGGAUAGGACAGUGGGCCGAAGGAACACAUUUAUUGGUACACCAUACUGGAUGGCUCCAGAAGUUAUCGCCUGUGAUGAGAACCCAGAUGCUACCUAUGACUAUAGGAGUGACCUCUGGUCAUGUGGUAUUACAGCGAUUGAAAUGGCAGAAGGUGCUCCUCCUCUUUGCGAUAUGCAUCCAAUGCGAGCCCUGUUCCUUAUCCCAAGAAAUCCUCCACCACGGCUAAAAUCCAAGAAAUGGUCAAAGAAGUUCUUCAGCUUUAUAGAAGGCUGCCUUGUGAAAAAUUACAUGCAACGUCCCCCAACAGAACAGCUUUUAAAGCAUCCAUUUAUACGAGAUCAGCCAAAUGAAAGGCAAGUCCGAAUUCAGCUGAAGGAUCACAUAGACAGGACAAGGAAGAAGAGAGGAGAAAAAGAUGAAACAGAGUAUGAAUACAGUGGAAGUGAAGAGGAGGAAGAGGAAGUGCCUGAACAGGAAGGAGAACCAAGUUCCAUUGUUAAUGUGCCUGGGGAAUCAACACUCCGACGUGAUUUCCUGAGACUGCAGCAGGAGAACAAGGAGCGCUCUGAGGCUUUGCGACGGCAACAGCUGCUGCAGGAGCAACAACUCAGAGAGCAGGAGGAAUAUAAAAGACAGCUCCUGGCAGAGAGACAGAAGCGCAUAGAACAGCAGAAAGAGCAAAGGAGGAGACUUGAAGAGCAACAAAGAAGAGAGCGUGAGGCUCGUCGGCAGCAGGAACGAGAACAAAGAAGGCGAGAGCAAGAGGAAAAGAAGAGAAUGGAGGAGAUGGAAAGAAGGCGCAAGGAAGAGGAAGAAAGGAGAAGAGCAGAGGAAGAGAAAAGAAGAGUGGAAAGAGAGCAGGAGUAUAUCCGAAGACAGCUGGAGGAGGAGCAGCGGCACUUAGAAAUCCUUCAGCAGCAGCUGCUUCAGGAGCAGGCCAUGUUACUGGAGUAUAGAUGGCGUGAAAUGGAGGAGCACCGCCAGGCUGAAAGACUUCAGCGUCAGUUGCAGCAAGAGCAGGCCUAUCUCAUGUCACUACAGCAUGAUCAUAGACAGCAGCAGCCACCACAACAGCAGCCCCAGCCCCAGCAGCCUCCACUGUCCCAGCAGGAAAGGAGCAAGCAAACAUACCAUACCCAAGAACCCAAGCCUCAUUAUGAACAAGCAGAACGAAUACGAGAGGCAGAGGAGCGCCUUAGGAAAGCAAACCAAGGCUCCCCUGAAGCCCAGGCUAAGCAACCAGGAAGAGUUUUAGAGCCAUUAGUGCCUUCAAGAUCCGAAUCAUUUUCCAAUGGAAAUUCUGAGCCUGCUCAACCUGCCAUGCACAGACCAGUGGAACCACAGGUACAGUGGUCUCAUCUGGCAUCCCUCAAGAACAAUGUAUCCCCUGUCUCGCGAUCCCAUUCCUUCAGUGACCCUUCUCCCAAAUUUGCACCUCACCUUCUACGAUCUCAGGAUUCGCACCAAACUUCACGCAGUGAAGUGCAAAGUCAGGGUUCUGACCCUAAGUCUGAAAUCUCUGAGCCAACCCAAAGGGUUUGGGCUCGAUCAGACAGUGACGAGGUGCCUCCAAGGGUGCCUGUGAGGACAACAUCAAGAUCUCCAGUAUUGUCACGGAAAGAUUCACCACUGCAGGGCAGUGGGCAGCAAAAUACCCAAGCUGGUCAGAGAAAUUCCACAAGCAAUAUUGAGCCUAGACUUCUUUGGGAAAGAGUAGAGAAGCUUGUGCCCAGACCGGGUAGUGGUAGCUCGUCAGGAUCAAGUAACUCUGGAUCCCAAGCAGGAUCCCACCCAGGAUCUCAGAGUGGAUCUGGAGAGCGCUUCCGGAUGAGAUCAUCUUCAAAAUCUGAGGGCUCACCAUCUCAACGACAUGAAAACACAGCCAAAAAGUCUGAAGAGAAGAAAGAAGCAGUUAGACAGGCCAAAGCUCCUGGAGAAGUGGAUCUUACUGCACUCGCUAAGGAGCUUCGAGCAGUAGAUGAUGUUCGGCCACUUCACAAAGUUACUGACUAUUCCUCAUCCAGUGAAGAGUCUGGUACUACAGAUGAGGAGGAUGAUGACAUGGAACAGGAAGGAGCAGAUGAAUCGACUUCAGGCCCAGAGGAUGCUAGAGCUAUGUCAUCUUUGAAUUUAAGCAAUGGAGAAACGGAGUCUGUGAAAACCAUGAUCGUACAUGAUGAUGUCGAAAGUGAACCUGCCAUGACCCCAUCUAAAGAAGGCACUUUAAUUGUCCGACAGAGUACAGUUGACAAAAAGCGUGCCAACCAACUUGAGAGCAAUGGCUUUGCGAGUCGUAUUCACCUCUUGCCAGAUCUCUUACAGCAAAGCCAUUCCUCCUCCACCACUUCUUCCCCAACCUCAAGUCAACCGACACCUACCAUGUCCCCCCAGACACCCCAGGACAAGCUAACUGCUAAUGAGACUCAGUCAGCUAGUAAUACUCUCCAGAAACACAAAUCGUCCUCCUCUUUCACACCGUUCAUAGAUCCAAGGUUACUUCAGAUCUCUCCAUCUAGUGGAACAACUGUUACGUCAGUAGGUACAUACAUGCGCACACUGGAAGCUAACCUUAAAAAUACUAAUUUUAUUUUAGUGGGAUUUUCCAGUGAAGCGCUAAGGCCGGAUGCCAUGAGGCAAGAUCCUACAAGGAAAGGAUCAGUUGUUAAUGUUAAUCCCACAAAUACUCGGCCACAAAGUGAUACACCAGAGAUUCGCAAAUACAAGAAGAGAUUUAAUUCUGAGAUUUUGUGUGCGGCAUUGUGGGGUGUAAAUUUGCUGGUGGGAACUGAAAGUGGUUUAAUGCUGUUGGAUAGAAGUGGACAAGGGAAAGUGUACCCCCUCAUUAACAGAAGGCGAUUUCAGCAGAUGGAUGUGCUUGAAGGCUUGAAUGUCUUGGUAACUAUAUCAGGGAAAAAGAACAAGCUGAGAGUAUAUUACUUAUCCUGGCUGAGGAAUAAAAUUUUGCACAAUGAUCCUGAAGUAGAGAAGAAACAAGGAUGGACAACAGUUGGGGAUUUGGAAGGCUGUGUGCACUACAAAGUUGUAAAAUAUGAACGUAUCAAGUUUUUGGUAAUCGCUUUAAAAAGUUCAGUGGAGGUGUAUGCCUGGGCACCGAAACCAUACCACAAGUUUAUGGCCUUUAAGUCAUUCGGAGAUUUAGUACACAGACCUCUCCUUGUAGACCUGACUGUGGAAGAAGGACAGAGGCUGAAAGUGAUCUAUGGUUCCUGUGCUGGGUUUCAUGCAGUAGAUGUGGACUCGGGCGCAGUUUAUGAUAUUUACUUGCCAACACAUAUUCAGAGCAGCAUUCAGCCACACGCAAUCAUCAUUCUCCCAAAUACUGAUGGUAUGGAACUGCUGGUUUGCUAUGAAGAUGAAGGAGUUUAUGUUAAUACAUACGGCAGGAUCACCAAAGAUGUAGUUCUACAAUGGGGAGAAAUGCCUACAUCAGUUGCUUAUAUCCGAUCUAACCAGAUCAUGGGAUGGGGUGAAAAAGCUAUUGAGAUUCGAUCCGUGGAAACUGGCCACCUUGAUGGAGUAUUUAUGCACAAAAGGGCACAAAGGCUCAAGUUCUUGUGCGAACGAAAUGACAAGGUUUUCUUUGCCUCGGUGCGGUCUGGCGGAAGCAGCCAAGUGUAUUUCAUGACUUUGGGCAGAAGCUCUCUUCUGAGCUGGUAGAGAGUGGCAUGGGAACUGCUGGCACCUCCCCUACAGUCUCCAUUAUCUACAUAACUUGAAAUAAUAUACAACUGGAGUAGAACCUGCGUACUGACCUUCUUCUUUUUUUGCAAGCUAUGUUCCAGAUGGAGUUUGCAUUCAUUAGUGGGAGUUGUUACUAAUGUAGUUCACAAGAUGGUAGAGUUUGUUGUAUGUUUGUGCAAGGCAGUGGGUGCUGCAGAUGCCUUUGUUGGGUGCUAAGUUCAUCUAAAAUUUGUGGGGAAAAAAAAAGUGUAGAAUUUUUUUUUUCAGUGCCUCUGGUAGUUUCACCUACCAACGAGGGGUGCAAACCAAUUAAAAAAAAAAAUUCACAUUAAGAGCACCAUCACCGUUACAAAUGAGGCACUAGAGGGCAGACAAGGAGAACUCAUAAUGCCAGUUUUGACAACGCACAGUCGGGCUUAUAAAAUUUCACUUUAUUUAAGACUUUUUUUUUUUUUUUUUUUUAAGAAUCUGAUAAAUGAAAGUUCAUAUAAUAAAAUGUAUUUAUAAAAUGUGAAAGGCAGUGGUUAAUGUAAUUUUUUUUUUUUUUUAAUAAUUUUAGUACACAAAUCUUUUGUCGCCAAUGUUGUGCAUUACUAAGCGUAACUACACACGAUUACUGUUUUCUCUCCCUCUGGGUCACAGUAUUAGUCCUGCCUCAUCCAUAGUCCUCAUUUUAGUUUACUUAGAAACCUACGGCGAUAAUGUGCAUGGCGUGAUCAACCAAGUUUGUACUGUAGAAAGGGAGCAAAACAGGGUUUGUAGAAUACUAAGGCAAUUCCCAACCAACUUUUGUUAUAAUUUUUCCUACCUCAUUCUUGGCGAUGCACAAAUUCUUUUGGUGCCACGAGAUCUGCAGUAAAGCACGUAGGCUUCCUUGACACUCAAGGGCUGGAUAAAGAAGGAGUCUCAUUUUUAUGUUAACUUCUUAUAAUAUGAAUGUGUAAACUUAAUAUCAGCUAUACCAGGCAGAACAUUAGGGGGGAAGGUUUGAUAUAGCUGGCACACGUUGGCACUAAAUGUGGCACAGCAGCUUGAUGAUGGUGACAAAACCCUUACACGCGUCAUUGGCUCACGUUGUUGGAAUGGCAACUUCCCACCCUGGCGGUUUUCAAAGUGGGGUUUUUGUGUGGGCCUGUAGCAGCAGAUGCUUGGCCGUUGCAGAUGUAGCAGACUGGGGGGUUGACCUGCGUGUAAGCAGCGUGUAAGUUGUUAAAUGUAGGAAGGCCAGGAUAGGUCAGACUUGUUUGUGAAGGGAGGGGCGACAUGUUCCUUUUAUAAGAAUGCAAUGCACUAAAACCAAUUCUAAGAAUGUAGUUAAUGUUACGUACAAUGGCAUACUGUACCUGUGUUUAGAUGUAAGAUUCCCAGUUCUUGACCUUUUUUAAAUAAAAAGAAAAACAAAUAAAUAUAUAUAGCCAGUUUUAUUUUCAGAAAGUUGUGACAUUUGUACAAAAUGUCCAAACACUAAUACCUUGUUUAAUGGCUACAUGUUCAUUACUUGAGGUUCCUGGAGUGUAUAGUUGUGGGUGAUGUAGCAAUGCGCAGUGUCAUCAUUACAAACGUUUUUUAGACAAUUCUUUCCUUUCUGGUGUGGGGUACCUUGUUGACAGCUGCCUUAAGCUGUUCUUUUGUGAACAGUUUUCUCUUUAAUAUAGAAAUAGACUACUCUUACUCCAUUUCUGCCAUAGUAUUAGCAUUUUCUUUUUUUUUUUUUCAACACAAAACCAGCAACUAAUACUGAUUCAUACUCUUGCUCAGCAUCUAUUUUAAUGGAAGCGUGCACCAGGGAUGCCAAAUGAGUCCCUCAGAUGCUGGAAACCACAGCCCAUGGCUUUCUCGGAUACGUAACUGCCAGCAGCGAAGGGGGAGUUUGGCAUCUGUGGUGUAAACUAUCAGUGCUGUGUUCAAGACCCCUUGCGGUAGAUGUUUUAAACAGCAGCAUUGAGUUGGAUAAUACGGAAGCCUUAUUACUAAUGGCAGAAAAGUUAUUUUUUGUUGAAUAAUCUUUCAAUGUGUUACUGUUUCUUUCUAAUAGCACUGGAGAGCAAUGCUGAUGUAUACAUGCUGUAAUGUUUCACAAUGGCAAUAGGAGCUAUGGCUUUGCUAGGGAGCUCAAACGGCCCUUCAACUCCUGUUUGACACAUCUGUGUUUCAUGCGCCCCCUUUCUUGGGAGCUAUUCAUACUGCUACAGUGAGGCUCCCGCUUCUAGGUAUCACUCUUCUCAUGCACUGACAGUAAGGAGGUGACAUGGCAAAGGGGCUCUGUAAAUGUUACAUUGAAUAAAGGGCAACUGUCGUAGCUACUGGUCACUGCAUAACAAGAAUGUUUUAUGUCUUUCUUACAAUUGGCAAGUUAACUUUUCCUACCCAUGGUUAAAGAAAACCAGUAUUAAAACCACUAUGUAAUAAAACAUGGGCACUAUGUAUCAAGCAGAAUGUCAGUGCUCCAAGAUCGACUUAGUUAUGCUUAAGGAAUAAUCCAUUUCUGUACGUUUGCAUAGGCGGAACUGUAUGGCUGCAGUGUUGCGUUCUCUUAUUAUGCACAUGUUAUGUUGGAGAAAAUGUUUACAUUUUUUUUGGUUAAACUAAUGUGCAUCACAUAUUUAUGGUUUAUUUGAAAAUGAAUAUUUUGUGUUUUUUUUGCUUGUUUUGUUCUUUUUUUUAUUAUAAUUUUUUUAUGUAGUACGCAUUCUGUGACAUAUAAUCCCCUAAUUUUUCUGAUUAAUAAUAAUGUGCAGAGAUAAUACAGGUGACAAACUGCAUAUAAAUACUAAUUGUUCAGCUGCAAAGAGGCAGUAAGUAAGCAUUUUCCAGACUCUCGCAGUGCUAUCUAACUUAUGUCUACUGUGUAUCAUGGAAAUGCCCUACCUUCCCCCCAGUUUUUUUCCUUAAAUAAAGUCAAAAUCACACCUACA